GUCUUUUACUGAAACUAGUCGCUUCCGGUGUAAACUAACGUCACCUACGCUGGGUGAACUUGGGUUAAUCUGUUAAAGGUCCCGCCAUCUUAAAAUAUAUUUAAGGGAGCCACACUGAGAGAACACUGCAUUCUCUGAUGAAACUUUGUGUAAUUUAGAAUAUUUGUCUUUCAUCACAGGAGAGCUGUCCCACGUUGUGUGCGUAUUAGUAGUUAGUUAACUAUGUGUGUGUGAUUUAAACUCCCUUUAGGGUUUGGAUAUCGGUUUUGUUGGCGGUCGGAGGGAAACGGUAUGCCGAGUCACGCGCUGCGCGUGGCGGUGGUGUGUUCGAGCAACCAGAAUCGCAGUAUGGAGGCGCAUAACAUCCUCAGCAAGAGGGGUUUUGAUGUACAGUCAUUUGGCACUGGGACCCAUGUGAAGCUACCUGGUCCAGCACCGGACAAGCCCAAUGUGUAUGACUUCAAAGUCACCUAUGAGCAGAUGUACAACGAUUUGGUGCGCAAGGACAAGGAACUAUACACGCAAAAUGGGAUCCUGCACAUGUUAGAACGCAACAAACGCAUCAAGCCGCGACCUGAGCGUUUUCAGGACUGCAAAGAAAAGUUUGACUUAGUCAUCACGUGUGAGGAGCGGGUCUACGAUCAGGUGUUGGAAGACUUGAACUCUCGGGAACAGGAGACCUUCCAGCCAGUGCAUGUCAUUAACGUGGACAUCCAGGAUAACCACGAGGAAGCUACCCUGGGUGCCUUUGUCAUCUGCGAGCUGUGUCAGUGUAUCCAGAAUACCGAUGACAUGGAGAACGAGAUGGAUGAUCUGCUACAGGAGUUCGAGGAAAAGAGCAAUCGAUCCUUCCUGCACACUGUCUGUUUCUACUGACUAUUGAACUCAAGAAGUGAUGCUGUGUCAACCAGCUGAAACUUGUACAAGAGGCACAUCAUUCACUUGCUAUCACUCGCCUACUAAUGCAGAAACCCAUUUAUAUGGACUGUAUAACACUGAGGCAUUAGCACUGAGUGCUUCCGUUAACCCUUGUGCUGAAGCAGUAACACAUUGCAGCCAGUGACUGUGCUGUACAUAGCAUGAGCACAUAGCUACUGGUAACUGCACUGCACUGAGAUAUUAGCAUCUCCUUCUGUUGCACCUGCAGUGCCACUGUGUUUGCGCUCGCCUGCUUUAAGUCACGCAGAUUCGUGGAGCGGCCGUUUGAGGGGUGGGGGAGCAGCACCUUGUUGCCUUAAACUAAUUCUGGACACAUUUGCUAGGCUCUCUCACCCUGGCAAAUAUGCCCAGGUGAUGGCAUGAUGCCCUACUGUGUCCACUUUGCCAGCAAGGAGUGCCCUUCCCAGUGUGUCAACCAAGCCAGUGGGGUACAUCUUAUCCAGUCGGCUCAUCUUUUUCUCACCUCCUGUUGAGUCAAACGCUCAUGACAAAAAACAUGCUGUAGCUCUAGGAAAAGUGACAGAGUGAGGUGAGGGGUCCUCUUCUGUGCUGCUGGCUUGUUCAUGUGCUUGAUCAAGGGAAACGAUGACAGACACAUAAAUGAAACAUUAUCUAUUCAUAGCUAUUUUUAUUGCUUUUAUCAGACUGACAAGUGUGUCUUUAUAUGUGCAGGUGUAUUCAGAUGAGUGCUUGAUUCCUUUUUUGUGUUUGAGUAUUAAUUAGUAAGAAUGCAGAUCAACAAUGAACCAUAAAAGCCUCAGGGUUAAAACCUCAUAUAUUACAGUUAUUUAUAAAUUGAUGUUUACAUCUGAGAAUCUUUAACUUUACUCAAAUGUCGAUUUAGCUCCAUUAGGUUUUAUAAAUCAUGCAAAAUCAUCAAGUUUAGAGUGCUUGUAAGUCAGACAGCAAAUACUUGAAGUGUAGUUUAAUAUUAAGAAGGGUUAAAGUCUUUGCUAUGUUCUAUAUCAUGCAUUGUUUGUCAUACUGAAUCCACAGUCACAAUGCAUCUAUUGAGAUGUUGGAAAGAAUUCAAAAGGUAAUAUUUAAUGUGGAAGUGCAGAGUCAAAAUCACAUCCUGACCAGUUAGUGAGUUUUCAUGCACAAGGUCUGAGCUGUUUAACUAAGUCGUCUGAGCACCCAAACUACCUUGCUUCCAGUAAUGCUGUCUUUUAGCUUUUUUCCAAUGACUGAGUUGUUUCCCUUUCUUUGGAUUGUAUUAUCAUUAAGUUGGCUUAUUUUAAGGUUAAAUAGAUCACAUCCAUCAGUCUUUUAACCACUUAUCCUGGUCAGAGAGGUGAGAGACCCUGGAGUCUAUCCCAGGCAGCACAAGAAUAAGGCUGGAGUACAGCCUGGAUGGGAUGGCAGCACAGUGCAGUACACAAACACACAGGCACCCAAUCAUGCAUUGUGGGCAGUUCACAGUGCAGUACACAAACACACAGGCACCAAAUCAUGCAUUGUGGGCAGUUCAGAAAUGCCAGUCAGCUGAACUGCCAGAGAAAGCUGGUGUAAACACAGGGAGAAGAGGUGGGAUUUGAACCCAUAGCCGUUAAAAUAUGAGGCAACAGUUCUGUCCACAAACAUUUGAUUAAUUUUCAGGGUGCAAUGUUGUCAUUGGUAAAAGAUAAAAUAAAGGCUGUUCAAUUUUAGGGUGAUGUCUGGAUGCACCUGUCUGAGGACUCACUUAAGAGCUAUAUGUAAAAUUCCCUUUACAUUGAUGUAAACCUAGAUAAAAUCAAUUAUAUAUGUGUUAUAUAAAUACUGUAGCAUAAGUACACUGUUGCAUAAAUUAAGUUAAUGUGA